AUGAGAUUUAAAUCGCGGUAUGUUAACCUAGGUGUACUACUCCUGGUGUUUUUAUUUUGCCUGAACAAAUGUAAGGGGUAUAUUCUAAACAUAAAUGUUGUGGAUAAGGAUGACUUGUUUAUUUUUUUGUACAAAAAUGAGCAUUUGUUAGCGGCCAGUUAUUACAAUUUUAAGCCGUCGUAUUUUUUCUCCGUUGAGGAAGGCGAAAUAAACAUUGACAUGACCAUCGACUUCCGGGAGAACAAACUGGUGAAGAAAAAAAACAAAAACCAAGAAAUAUUGGCAAAGGCAAACAAAAACUCCAUUAACAUUCUGAACAACUUCAAUGUGGACAGGGAGUAUUUUCACAAAAAGAGAGUCGAAACGAGCGAUGCAGACACAAAUGGACUCAUCAACAAUGAAGGAAACACAGAGAAGAGCAACAACAAGUCGAAAAAUCUUUUCCUUGUUCUGAUAACAGCGGACCAGUGGCUCAAUUACAUUAGGAUGAAGAAUAAACUCGAGCCGUCCUUAAAAAAUGAGGAGAAUUACAUUUUUACGUCCCAUUUUAAUUGCAUUAAAAGAUACCCACUAGAAGAAGGCAACAUAAAAAAAAAAAUACAAAUUAGCCAAAAGAACAGAUAUAUGUUGUUUCUGAUAAAUAACAAUAAGCUAAAAAUAGACCUAAAAGGAAACAUCGUUUUUUAUGAUUACAGGACGAAACAUUUAUCUCAUGACUUUCAGUUCAUUCCCAAUGUGCUUUACUUUACCACCUACAUUUUGCUAGUUCUGGUUAUUAUCCUUACGUUAUAUUUUUUGAAGUACCGCGAAAAAACGGACAUUUUUAUGAUCCUUAACAUGCUUUUUUUCCUCCUCUCCACUUAUUUUAAUUACAAAAAUGUGAACUUCAUUCGGGAUUGGGGGUACAUGUACCUUUAUUUCUGGGUAUCGGCAAAUAUUUUCAAGAAAAUUCAGGAAAUAAUUUCCUUCAUCAUAUAUCUGCAGGUCUCUCUGGGUGACAUGUACAUUCGAAGUCACCUCAGCCGAAUAGAGAUUCAGUUCAUGAUUUGUUUUUCCGUCAUUUCGUUUUAUACGGGCAUAUUUGAAAUAUUUCUGGGGAACUUCCAGGCCCCACGGUACAUACUACAAGCCUUCGCCUACCUGUUCAUCUUUAUUGCGAUAAACUUCACGUCGACGUUCCUCUCGGCCCGCCUAUCAGAAGAAAACUUAUCCUUUCACGUCGCAGAGUUGUAUAAGAAAUAUGACAUUUAUAAAAAAUAUCGAGUCAUAUUCUUCGCCGUAAUUCUGAAGCCCAUUCUUUUGAUUGUCUACAAAGUCCUGUGCCUGUCCCCGUCGAAUAUCGACCUGUACAGUUCGCACGAAUUUUUGUAUGUGUUUUUUGACAUCUCCUUCGACAUUGUUUUAUAUAUCAUACUCUUUGUUUUAUUUCGAGCCGUUAAGCCUAUUAAGCUUUUAAAGGUACAAAUUCGCCCAAUGCGGGACAACCAAAUGGAGCCCCCCUGGCAGACGCAUCUGUAUCAUUUGGGAAAGGCUAGCAAGGCGAAUACACACCUCACACCGUUAAUGUACCAAAAAGAGAAAAAAAAAAAGAGGACAAGGAGAAAAGUGUCCUGUGUGACAGCUAGCGCAGCCGGGGUGUUGCCGAAGAGGCACGUAUUUUCUCACCUCACCUCUUCCGAUGUUGUCUUUCUUGUCCUUUCUCCACCCAGGUAUAAACUCCACUUUCACUUUUUAAAACUGAGGCGUACCUUGAAAUACGUGGGCAAAUGCGUAAUAUACUAUUCGAACACUUCUGGAAGGAGAAAACGAAUUAAGGUUUACGCUGACACGGACCACCUGCAAAUCCUCAAGUUGGCUCUAAUUUCAUCCUGCGGUGAAACCAUCCAAAUUAAGAAGAUUGAAGUGAAAAAAAGGAAGAACAAUUUUUACAUACAUUUGAAAGAGCACACAAAUGUAGGGGUAUACAAAUUGGUCAUUUUUUUUUAUUACCAAAAUGGAGAAGAAAAAACGGAAGGAAUUUAUUCCACGAGUAAUAGAAAAUUAGUGAGGAAGAAAAAAAAAUACGGGGGAACCCCUCCUCGGGGAAAAGACCCCACCGGGGUGGAACACAAGGAAGGGGAAUUUCAUUUUGUCCUUCCAAAUGAUGGAGGGAGAAUUUUCCACUUUCAUUUUAAAAGGGUAAAGUUUGAAAGCAAAAGGAGGUACACAUAUAUAAAUACGUUUUGCGAAUACUUUUACCUCCCUCUGGUGUUUCCAUGUCUGCUGUACAACAAUCAUAGGGCAAAAUUUAGGCUCAAGGUUUCGUUUGAAAUUGAGCUAAGUGGAGGAAGGGGCGUUCAUUCAACAUGCAGUGAACCAUCAGUAGCACCAAGGGUGAACUUUCCCUUUAGAGAUAGGCACAACGGUAAAAAGACACACGUAGGGAGAAACACGCCUGUCUGUGUUGUAAGCCCACCAGACUUGGUCGUCACGAAUAGUAGACUCAAGAGGGUGUAUUACAGUCAGGGAGGGGGUGGAUUCUACUCUUCACUUUGGAAGCAUCUCCAGGGGCGAUCCAUCGGAAAGAGGCCGUGCAGAAUCGCUCCUCCAUUGAGUGCAACUCGCUCAAUGGGGAAUGGGACGACAGGAACGGAUGAAUUGCACUCCCCAAUUGGGCGUCAUAAGAAAAGGUGGAAGUUGUACCAGCUGAGUAAGCGGCGAAAAAAACUCACCAUAGCAUCAACUGGAGGGAAGAAUUUCAUAACGUACCAGUUUUGCGAAACGAGCAAAAUAGCCUCGUACACAUUUUGCCUGUUCGCUGGAUUAUACAACAAAAUAGAACUGAAGGUGAAAAAUAUUUCCGUUUUUAUAUACAUAGAAAGGGGAGGACCUGCAGAAAGUAGCCAUCGAAGAAGCAGACAGGACUUUUUCCUUCAUGUAGUGAAAGAAACACUAAUGAUGUACUUGAAAAUGUAUGUCUUCCGUGCCAGAUUGGAGGAGAGUAAGUUCAUCCAGUUCAUGAUUGUAAACACGUAUAAAUACGCAGGGGAGGAAAACCACAACUGUAUCACUUUGUUGAUGUCGUUGGUUGGGGGGAGUGCACCCUGUAGGGAAGGUAGAAACUAUCUCGAAGUAGACUUUUAUAGAAGUGUUUCGUUGGUUAAACUAAUUGUGCACGAGAUUUUUCACUCCUUCUGGGGAAACUGCCUGUAUUUUAAGAAGGCAAAAUAUCUGUGGUUCAAAGAGGGGCUUACCAGAUACUACGAAUUGAGGCUAUGUAAUUCUGUUUUAUCCAAAAUUAGCAAAUUCGCUUCCUGCAGGUGGAAAUUAACCCUUUGGUUCACGCUUGAGUAUCAUUUUUAUGUCCUUCUUGUAGACACCCUGAACGUGUAUAACCAUACCUUGGACUUUUCCAGAGGAGGAAGAAGAAAAUGCAUCGAAGAAAUGUACGCAAAAGAUAUCCACCAUUUUUACAAUGCACUAACAUACAACAAAGGAAUGAGCAUUUUCAAAAUUAUCAGCGUGGUGACGAGACCCUACUUUUCCCUCAUCAUGAAUUUGCUCUUCUAUACAUUUUACAAUUGCUCGAUAAAUUCAAGAAAAUUUUUUAAAUUCUUUCACUUUUUUUUUCGUCUUUUUCAUGUGAAGCCAUUUUUCCUUAACCAUAAUGGGUAUAAAAAGUGUGCACGUGUUGUGAAGGCACUCAUUAGAAGGAAAAGAAAAUUCCCAUUUAGUAAACCUUCCACAGUUGUUUGCAGGGACAUGAGGUCUACACUCAGAGGGCGACGCCUACGACGUGACAAAGCAGCAUCGUGUGCUAGACAACAGACAAUGUGUGGGGGGUUCUUUACUCACCUUUUGAGCUCCUCCUUUUUGAAGCGCCCCUUUAAGAAGCGCUUUCAGGUAUACUGCAUGGAGGAAGCCAUUAAUCCUGGAAGAAAGCCAAUCCGAAGUGCAAAACGGAAGAAAACAUGCUCUGUAAUGCCAUGUAGAGGAAGAAGAAACAGAAGAGAGAAAAUAACAUCCUGGGGGAGGGUCCAACAACCCCUCAGGAAAAUACCUCAAAAGGCGGCCGUUUCCAAAAAACGCAGUUACCCCCUGGAGGAGAUAGUCCAAACGUACAUAAAAGUAGUUGGGCCGCCUAAAAUAUUUUUGAAGUUUUUUAAAAAUAAAAAUAAAUUGCUGAUAACGCAGAAGCAUUUCUACUAUGACAAUUACGAGCAGACAUUUAAAGAGACGCAUGUGCUUUUCCACGUGCCACUAAUCUUCACAGUGGGGCGUAGACAGUACAAGAUGCUUCUAACCAGGAGGUAUGCCCUGAUAGAUGUUCCAAGGGGGAAUGAAAAAGGGUUCCGUGAAAGGAGAACAAACCAAUUAAAUGGAGAUGAAAACACGUUCACCAUGAAUGCCCGGAAUGUCUCGUACUUUUCUUUCCACUUUGUUGAUAUAUUUUCUUUUAAAUUUAUUUUAAAUUCGAUAAGGAAUAACCUAUGUCAUAAGGCGGACGUAAUUCACCUAAUCACGAACGUUUUUCUGGGUCUUUUGGUACGCCUAAAAAGUUUGAAGCAGGUGCGGCACUUAAACUCUUUGGUUUCUAGGCAGGUAUUCCUGUUGUAUAAACUUUUCAAAGAAACGAGACACACAAAGGGAGAAAUGCACACCGUUGGGAUGAUCUUGUGCGAGGAAUUUUUCAAGUGUUAUGAUCAUUUCAGCUCGUCCUUCUCCAAAAUUGAAGACCGAAAAUUGAAGAUAGAAAUAAACAGGGAGCUACGAUCCUGUGAGCAGUUCGAUUAUCUGCGUGACGAAGUUGAAUUUCUAUUUAAAGACUUCAGGAAUUACCUGUCCAAGAUUUUUUUCUUCUUCAAGGAAUCUAUCGCUAAGCUGCUGUGA